UUUAAAAAUAAUUUAGAAGUUAAAAUACUACAUACAAUCUUCAUUUAUCCGAGAAAAUAGUUAAGAAGCAGGAGCGCAAUCAACCUGUCACACGGUCAUGAUAAAUGAUAAAUGAAGUUGCGUAUUCGGCUUACGUUGCGCCCGUCAAGGAUCCACGGAUUUGUUACACGUUGGCUGAAUUUACGAACGUUGCACGAAGUAACGAAAAUUCACACAAGGAGUUUACCGGGUCAAUGGAAUGCGGGCGAAAACUGACAUCGUAUUAGGUGGUGCCGCGCGCUUCUCUGCUAAGAGAAAAAUUUAUGAUCGACUUAGCGAAGGGAAAUUUUAUCUUUCUCCCGGCCCCUACGCAAAGGGAUAAUCCUUUGUGGCAGAGGCGUGUUUGCCUCACAAGAUUUACCUUGUCAUCUUCAAUAUUUUACAGAGUGAUGUUCACGCGAUGAAGUUAGCCUUCAAACGCGCACGAGUGUCGGAUCUUGAACUUCGUUGUGGAUUUUCUAAACUGGCAAUUUAUCUCGCCUUUUUAAAAUAAUCUUUUAAUUAGUUUUCGAAAAUAGGCUAUUUAGCUUGUCUACAAACACGCAGCUAUUUUGACUAAACUGAUCUCGGGUUUUGACAGCCUUAGGUAAGCGCAUGCCACACGUGCUUACUUUGUGAUCCCCGAAGGCAGACUCGAGGGACAGUUCGAAAAUUGGACGAGAAAGAAUUCUGGAAUGUGGUAUCUCCGCGCGAUAUUUCCAAACGUGUUACAUUCGACUUUCGCAUAAAAUUCGACAGACGCUUCGAUAAACACGAGUGUCACGAAUAUCAUUCAGGAGGCAUUAUACUGCCAAUUUUGCGGUCAUCUUGCCUCGCGUCCCACUAUCAAUUUCGUCGAAAAUGUCGCAACGUACGUAUAUGUCAACGUGCUAGCCAGAAAUCUAUCAAUAAGAGGGAGAUACUCGUAUUUAGCAAGGUUUCGGCAAUACUAUAUAAAAGGCGUCUCCUGAAUUUCGGUUUUACAACUGGACACACAGUCGCCAUCGGCAUCAUGAACGCUUUGACCGUCGCACUUUUCUGCGUGCUCGCAGUGGCUACAUUCGCCGCACCCCCGAAUUUUUCGCAAAACACUCCCAUUCCCAUCGUGGCUUCGCACCUGGACGGACCGAAUCCGGACGGUUCAUACAGCUACGGCUAUCAGACCGGAAAUGGCAUCCAGGUGCAGGAGCAGGGCCAGCUCGCUCAGAUCUCCAAAGACGAGGACGCUAUUCGCGUUCAGGGAUCCUUCAGCUAUUCCGAUAACGUUGGCAACCCCGUCGCCCUGAGCUACACUGCCGAUGAAAACGGUUUUCAUCCUAAUGGUGAGCAUUUACCGGUCGCGCCACCGGUGCCCGACGCCAUCCUGAGAGCCUUGGAGUACAUCGCUCAACAUCCCGAGGAGGACAACCUGUAGAAACGUUAUAGUAACGUACACACAUUGUUCAGACUGAAAUCUCAGCGAUCCUGCGAUUCUAUGAUCGUGCAAACAGCUCGCGUACGAAAUUACAUCUCCUACCGUUGACAUAAAAAUAUACAACAUAGGACGUGAAGUAUAAAAUAUUUAUUUUGGCGAAGAGUUUGAAACCUGAAACGAAGAAGGAACAAAUUGCCAAUUCAGGAUGAUGUUAUAGUCUCAUCUGUCUCAUACUCACAAAUAAUACUGAAUUAAAUACUUAAUUCAAUAUAAUUACAGGAAGUUGAAACUGUUAAAUCUAUAAUGUUGGAAAUUAAACGUGUUGAAAUUACGAUUUUUGGACUUUAUAUUUCUCGCUCCAUUUCUAGCGCAUUCAAAUAAUUUAGCAAAUUUCCUUCGGCGAGAGCGUUGUCCCGGAGCCGAAUUAGCGCAGUCAAUUAGCACUUGCUGCAUUAAUUAAGGAAUCACGUAGCGCGCAUACUGUGUAUACAAAGCCACCGUAACAGCAACGUUUAUAUUAAACGUUUAUAUUAAACGCUGCCUCUAUCGACAAAAUAAACGUGCUUGAACGUUGACUCACGCUUUCUUUCCUCGACUGAAAUUUAUCUGACUGCCGAGCGUUAAACAUAUCACGACUAUUCCGCUCAUUAACGUAUCAGAUCGCUCGUGAUUUGAAUACGUCGGUGAUCGCAAAUUAGCUAGCUGGUCGGGGCUAGCUAGUUCGCAAUUAUACGAAUAAACACUAAGCAACAUUUAAUGAUGAGCCGAGUAGAUGACGCAAUAAUGAUCGAAUGUGACGAAAUAGUGAGAAACGUAUUGGCGAUCGAAUAUAAUUCGCGAAAUUUCGUAAAUCUCCAGGUGUAUAAUUAUAUAAUCACAUAUUUCUAUAUCUUUAUAAUAUAUACAUAUCCCUUAUGCCUUUUCAGAGGAAUUGAUUGAAUUCCCGCGAAGAGAAUCGCGACAAAAAAAAUCUCGUGUCAAAAUUUACGCGCCGCAUUCUCGUAGAAUCGCCACGUGAGUUGCAAUACUUUGUCCAGGAAUAUCCCCGAAGGUGGAUUUUCGCAAUUCCGGCUGAGAAAUAGCGCUGGGCGAGCAAUCUCCCGGGGACGCGAGCG